UCCGGUCUUUUUUCCGGGCGGAAGUGGGCGAAGCGCAGAGGGGAAAACAGCCCUCCUCUCCGAUGAAGGAGUACAGUUGAAGAAGCAACGAAGGGUCGAGGAGUCGUUUGUGAGGAUGACCCGGCACGGCAAGAACUGCACGGCGGGGGCCGUCUAUACCUACCACGAGAAGAAGAAGGACACAGCGGCCUCCGGUUACGGGACCCAGAACAUUCGACUGAGCCGGGAUGCUGUCAAGGACUUCGACUGCUGCUGCCUCUCCCUGCAGCCCUGCCACGACCCCGUCGUCACCCCAGACGGUUACCUGUAUGAGCGUGAGGCAAUCCUGGAGUACAUCCUGCAUCAGAAGAAGGAGAUCGCCCGGCAGAUGAAGGCCUAUGAGAAGCAGCGGGGUGCCCGGCGUGAGGAGCAGAAAGCGCUGCAGCUGGCCGCGGCGCAGGACCAGGUGCGCGGCUUCCUGGAGAAGGAGGCGGCCAUCGUGAGCCGGCCCCUCAACCCCUUCACGCCCAAGGCCAUCCCCGGGGACAGUCCAGACGAUGCGCGACCCGGCUCCAGUGCCGGCCCCACAGGCAAGGACAAGGACAAAGCACUGCCCAGCUUCUGGAUCCCGUCGCUCACCCCCGAGGCCAAGGCCACCAAGCUGGAGAAGCCUUCGCGCACCGUGACCUGCCCGAUGUCCGGGAAGCCGCUGCGCAUGUCUGACCUGACACCCGUGCGCUUCACGCCGCUGGAUAGCUCUGUGGACCGCGUGGGGCUCAUCACGCGCAGUGAGCGCUACGUGUGCGCUGUGACCCGAGACAGCCUAAGCAACGCCACGCCUUGCGCUGUCCUGAGGCCCUCGGGGGCUGUGGUCACCCUGGAGUGCGUGGAGAAGUUGAUUCGGAAAGACAUGGUAGACCCCGUGAACGGGGAGAAGCUGACGGACCGGGACAUCAUCGUGCUGCAGCGGGGCGGGACAGGCUUCGCGGGCUCCGGAGUGAAGCUGCAGGCCGAGAAGUCCAGGCCGGUGAUGCAAGCCUGAGUGCGCAGGAGACCGAAUAAACAGGCUUGGACUCACUG